AAUUACGGCUCCGAUACGGAUUAUUAAGCGCAUCCCCACCUUUGCUACCUUUGCUUCUCCACCCACCACCCUUUCAGAUCUUAGUCUUGGCUCCGCCUCUCGCCGGCGUUAUAAUGGGCUGGUCUGAAAGUGGUGGAGAGACACAGAACCAGAGAAGGGAGAGAUAAUGACAAUAACACUAAUCACCCCAAUAACCCGGCCGCUGCCAGGAGCCAGCCCGGCGUCCCGGCACUGACGGGACCCGAAGAGGACUAACUCCGACGCACCUCGACAGUUUCUCCACGCGCCCGGGGAACUCCGGACGGUAACACCAGCAGCGCCCCCGAGCAGGACGGGGCUCGGGGGUGGGAAGGGCCGGGGAGACACGGAGAGGAGCCGGCUUCAUCAAUCGGCUUGAAGCCCCUCUUGCACCGGGCUCGACGGGGGCCUCCUCGCCCCUCUCCCCAUGGAGCACCGAGAGUAAAGAACGAAAAGGACAAGAAGAGGGGGCGGAAAGAGAGCGGUCAUUGCGGGGGUGAAGAAGAUAGAAGCCGGAGGAAGAGCCCCGUCCCCCGCCUCGCUGCCUGGAAGGGGCCAACCUUCGCCAGCCACCUCCGGGCUACGGAGCCCGUCUCCUGUACUCCCUUGCCCUCUCGGAGCUGUCCAAGCCGGCUCCAAGGGCAAGACACCCCACGGCUGGCCUGACCGAGGAGCGGGGGUCGCAGGGUACAGGGCGCUGGGGUGGACGACACCACUUCACCGCCAUGAAGCUGGAGGUGUUCUCGCAGCACUACGAGGACAAGCUGAGCGCCGGCAGCGACCAGGAAGGCAGCGGGUCUCUCUCCCCGGCGCCGGCUGACAGCGAGCUGGGCUCGGACGGCGACUGCACUGCCAACAGUCCUGGCGGCGGGGCCGGGAGGCCGGGGCACCCACCACCGCCGCCACCCCCCGCCCCGCAACCGCCGCCGGUAGCAGCAGCAGCAGCAGCCGAGAGCAGUAAGGGGAAGCCCUACACGCGUCGGCCUAAGCCGCCCUAUUCUUAUAUCGCCCUGAUCGCCAUGGCCAUCCGCGACUCGGCCGGCGGCCGCCUGACCCUGGCCGAGAUCAACGACUACCUGAUGAGCCGCUUCCCCUUCUUCCGCGGCGCCUACACCGGCUGGCGCAACUCGGUCCGCCACAAUCUCUCCCUCAAUGACUGCUUCGUCAAGGUGCUCCGCGACCCAGCGAGACCCUGGGGGAAGGACAACUACUGGAUGCUGAACCCCAGCAGCGAGUACACCUUCGCCGACGGUGUCUUCCGCCGCCGCCGCAAGCGCCUCAGCCGUGCCUCCACCACCGCUCCCCCGCCGCCGCAGCCCGCCCGCCCCGCCGCCACCGUUCCACCGGCGCAGGAAGGGGCCGGAGCGGGCUCUGCUCCUGGCGGUUGUUCCCCGAGGUGCUGCUGCGCAUCCUCGCCCUGCAACUGCGCGUCGGGCCCCGCCAAGGAGGAGGCGGCGGCGGGGAGCGGCGGGGGAGCAGCGGCGGGGAGCAGCGGAGCCAAGUUCUCCAGCUCCUUUGCCAUCGAGAGCAUCCUCCGGCGGCCCCCCCGAGUCGCCCCGCAGCCGCCCCCGCCGCCCGCCCGCCUGCUCUGGCCGGCGCCUCCUGCCGCUCCGCACCUGCUGCCCGGUUCGUACCCGCUGCUCCCCUACCCCCACGCUGCGCAGCCCCCGCCUGCCGCCGCUCUCUACGGGGGAGGCCUCCUGCAGCUCUGCGGCUACGGGCUGGGCGAGCCACCGCCGGUGCUGCUGGGGGGCGGGAGGCGAGCGCUGGCCCCCGGUGAGGCGGUGGCAGAGCGGCCGCGGGCUCCGCUCUUCCCCGCAACCCUCGCUAAAGUCGGGCGGGGGCCACCGCCCGGUUCCCCUCUCUAUGGGUCCCUCCGUUUGACCGGACCGCUGCAGCCAGCGUCGGGAGGGUCGUUCCAGCCGUACGCCGUGGAUAACCCCCGGGCUUAACGGAGCAUCAUCCCCACCACCUCGCUCCUCCUCGUCCUCCUCCCCUGCAAGGGGCCUGCCCGGGGAGGGGAAAGGAGGAGACUUUCGGUCCCGCACUUUAACUCCAGAGGCGACCAAAGCCUCCAAGGAAAAGCCUCGGUGACUGUGCCUUAGUGAAAUGAC